CUAAUGUUUCCUUUAAUAACAGUUCUCAGCAUGUUUUACUAUAUCUGCCUUCAGCACUGAGCCAGGACAGGGACAAGAGGAGAGAUCAUGAACGGUCGCCGAACCACUGAAUUCAACCAGCGAAUGCUGCCUCUCUCUGUGGAAGUGGAACAGUAUGCCAAAGAAGUCGUCGACUUCAGUUCUCACUAUGGCAGCGAGAACAGCAUGUCUUACACCAUGUGGAACUUGGCUGGGAUGCCCAGUGUCUACCCUAGUUCUGGCGAUUUCACACAGGCAGCAGUUUUUAGGAUGUACGGUAAAUGGUGGGAGCAGUGUGCCAGUGCGCCCCAGCCCUUUCGAAGGAGACCGGAUAGGUUUCACAGUCAGGACUAUGUAGAGCUGGCUUUUGAAGAGCCUGUUUACCCCACGUCCAUUGAUAUUCUUGAAACCUACCACCCUGGAGCUGUUAUUCGGAUCCUUGCCUGCUCGUUCAACCCUUUCUCUCAGAAUCUACCAGCAGAAGAAAGGUGGAAUAUAAUUUGGGGUCCUAAAAUACUAAAAAUGGUCACGGCUCAAGCUCGUCAGUUUUCACCGUGUAUCAAGCAAAUAAACUUCCCUACCAACCUAAUACGUUUAGAAAUCAACAGCUCACUGCUGGAAUAUUACGCUGAGCUGGAUGCUGUUGUUCUACGUGGAGUGAAGGAGAGGUCUUUGCUGUCCCUGUACAAGAUGGCACUGGUAGACAUCAACGAUUUAAGUGACAGUGACGAAGAAAAGGAUGCUUAUGAAGUAGAAAGACUAUGUAAGCAGUGUGAAGACACAGGCAUUAAUGAACACGCCAAUAAUGGUUACUUUGAUAAACUUCCCUACGAGUUGAUUCAGCUGCUUUUAGAUCACCUCACCCUCCCAGACCUGUGCAGGCUGGCACAGACCUGUAAGCUGCUGUACCAGCACUGCUGCGACCCCCUGCAAUACAUCCAGCUGAAUUUACAGCCAUGCUGGGCACGGGUGAAUGACGCCGCUCUUGACCACAUGCAGUCGCGUUGCACCCUGAUUCAGAGACUCAAUCUGUCAUGGAGCGGAAACAGGGGAGCAAUUACUUUAGCGGGGUUCGGCAGGUUCUUGAAAGUGUGUGGCUCCCAGUUGGUGUGCCUUGAGUUGGCAUGCUGUCAUUUCCUGAACGAGGUCUGUCUGGAGGUUGUUGGUCAGAUGUGCCCGAACCUUCAGGAACUGAACCUCUCCUCCUGUGAUAGAGUGCAUCCGCAGGCUUUCAGCCACAUUUCCAAACUGGUCGGCUUGAGACGUCUCGUACUGUACCGCACAAGAAUUGAGCAAACAGCGCUGCUCAGCAUUCUGACUUUUUGCACAGAUCUUCGGCACCUUAACCUUGGCAGCUGUAUCAUGAUUGAGGAUUAUGACGUGAUUGCCAGCAUGAUAAGUGCAAAGAGCAAAAAUUUAAAAUCCUUGGAUAUCUGGAGGUGUAAAAACAUUACAGAGAAAGGCAUCACUGAGUUGGCGUCAGGGUGCAGGUUACUGGAAGAGCUGGACCUCGGCUGGUGCUCCACACUGCAGAGCAGCACUGGCUGCUUCGUGCAUCUGGCUCGCCACCUUCCAAACUUAUGCAAGUUUUUUGUCACAGCAAACAGGACUGUGUGCGACACAGAUGUGGAGGAGCUGGCAGCCAGCUGCCCAAACCUGCAACAUGUAGACCUUCUGGGAACUAGAAUGGUGAGCCCAGCAUCAUUGAGAAAGCUGCUCCAGUCGUGCAAGGAUCUCCUCCUGCUCGAUGUGUCCUUCUGUUCCCAGAUUGAUACCCGAGUGGUGCAAGAGCUGACUGUCCAGUUUCCCAAAGUGUUCAUCAAAAAAAGCUUUACCCAGUGACCUCCCUGCCCCUGAAUAGCAAGUCUCAGGGGAUAUCAGGGAAUGAAAGACAGAUCUUUGGAAGCAAGUUCCCUGUUUCAUAUGGGUAAUCAUAUUUCCUGUGAUUGAAUACCCAUAUAUUUAAUUUGCACAGAUAAAGGUGUUCUCAUAUAUAGAAUCCUAGUUCCUAGCCUGUACAAUACUGAUGUUUUCUAUCAAACAGGUUUGAUUUUUUAAAUACCUUCAAGCAGACCAUUAGGACACUGAGCUAGGAUGAGAAUUUAAGAUAAUGGAAAAUUAUUUUAAGCUGGAACUCAGGGUUUCCUUUUUUUCGUCUUUGUUUGGUUUUAUAAAUUAUGUUUUAGUGUAAUUUUUUUUGUAACUCAAUAAGCAUGACUUUGCUGAAGACAACGUAAAUCUGACUUGUGUACUAUAAAUAAUUAAAGCCUCUAUACAUUUAGCUUUUUAGAAAGCGAGAACAAUAGUCUUCAGAUUAGAAAGCAACAACAUUAGUAACGUUGAAGACUAAAAAAUAUUUUUAUUGAAAAUAUAUUAUGGUGAAAAACCAGAGUCUAUUCGUCUUCCAAUGGGAAAACUAUAAAGAAAUUUAACAGAUUUUUUUUUUCUGUGACUCUGUAUAUGAUGAAUGCAUUUUUCACUUUCUU